UUAAAGGUGGAAGAAAUAACUACCUGUGCUGAUGGAAAUGAUUCAGUGAAGAAGGGGAAGGUUGAUGGUGGCUGGAGGCACCUACGAGAGCUGUCUCAUUAGACAGGCCAGACUGCCGACUGUGGUGAGGACCAAGGACACUGCUACCCCAGAGCCCAUGGAGCUAGGGCCUGACACCUGCCACAAGGAGAAUGAGCCCCCAAGGCCCGCAGCCCCCCUGAGGCCAGACCAAUGGAGACUCCUGAGACACCAGGGCGUCUGCCUGGGCAGUGAACAUGUCCCCUGGAUGCCCGUGCAUGAGGCCAAGAGGGGAGAGCCAGCCACCACACCUUCCCCAGGGCUAGUGCUGCUCCAAGGGCCCUGCCGGGUCCAGACCAACUUGACCAGCCCUGGUCCCCACCUGGGCCGAGUCCUGAAAGACACGACUGACAGGCUGGUCAGUUCAGGCUUCCAGCAACAGAGCAACUUGAAGCCCCUGACCUGGAGGCCCCAGAGAAAGGCUGGAGAAUUUGCUGUCCAGCAGUGUAACCUGAGCCUAAGCGACACCACCAGCCCCUGUCAAGGGCCACUGGCU